GAAAUUGUAAUACUAGUACACUAACUAAAAAUAAAUUGCAAAAAAUAAAAAGAGUGGGUCCGGAAGCCAUGGAUCGGAGCUUGAGGAUCCGCAGUUUAUGGCAUCAAGGGUGCUGCCCCCUCCUCUCUUCAUUUUAACUUCACUCCAAACGCACGUUAUUCCCUUCUACUUCUUACAGUUUCUUCACGACUUCCACCUUCCGUCCACGUUUCCUCCCAUUUCUCUUUUAACUAAUCCUUUUUUCAACCAUCUCCAUUUCUCAUCCUAUAUAUUGUGUAUCUGUAAACAUAUGCAUAGUCAAAACAAUAAGCUUGUGAGUAAAUGCUUGUGUUUUGUUCUUCGAAUCAUUACUAGGUUAAAUAUAUCUUCUUACUUCAUCAGUUUGAGCUCUCCUGUAAAGCGGUUAUUGGAUUUAGAUGAGAAGAGCUGCAAUGUGCUUCUCGCUGUCACAGUUUCCUCGAUGUAGUGUUCAUACCUUGACUAACUCAUGGUGGCAAAGUUUCCACCAUAUAAGUAGGAUCGGUAGGGGAAGCAUUAGCUCCAAGGUUCUUGCCUCUGGUAAACAUGGGCUGAAUGGUAGAUAUAAUAGUACUGAGAAUAGACAGGCGCUACCUACAAAAGCCGAAGGGAAAAACAAGGCUGCUUUUAGCAGAAAAACAACUAUCAGGCAUGAAAUAUUAGAUGAAACAACAACUUCUAAAGUGGACAUAUAUAAUUCAGAAGUAACUGAAAUAGGAUGUACCAAAUAUGUUGAUAUUCGACAGACAAUUGCUGAAAACAAAGAUUUGGCCAAACUCAUGACUAUUAUCAUUUUUGAUAUUGAGACUACUGGGUUUAGUAGAGAACACGAAAGAAUUAUCGAGAUUGCAUUGCGGGAUCUUCAUGGGGGUGAAAACAGCACAUUCCAGACAUUAGUCAAUCCUGGACGUAGUGUUCCGAAUUCGCAUAUCCAUGGAAUUACUACUGGUAUGGUCAAUCGACCUGAUGUCCCCAGGAUGGGGGACCUCAUUCCCAUCUUAUUGCGGUAUGUAGGAAGCCGCCAGAAGCCUGGUGGAUAUGUGGUGUUGGUGGCGCAUAACGCUCGCGGUUUUGAUGUUCCUUUUCUAAUUAAGGAAUUCAGUAGAUGCUCUUUUGAUAUUCCCCCAAAUUGGUUGUUCGUUGAUACUCUUCCUUUGGCACGUGAAGUCAUGAAGUCCGGAGGCGCAAAGGUUCCUCCAAAAGUCUCGUUGCAAGCUCUUGGUCAACACUAUGGGAUCCCAUUAGUUGGUUCAGCUCAUAGAGCCAUGGUGGAUGUGCACAUGUUAUCAGCAGUUUUUCAACGGCUGACUUUCGACUUGAAAUUGACAAUCCCUUCUCUUAUUGAAGGGCAUUCCUUUUGGCCAUCAGAAGUAGGCAGCUCAAAGAAGAAGAAGAAUACUGCCUAAACAUAGAAAUCAUACUCGGGUAGUUCAAGUAGUCAGCUGUAACUAAUUAUUUUUAGGGAAGUUAUUGCUGUAAACAAGUGAUAGAAUUAGCUCAUUCUUCCAUUAAAAAGGCUGGUUAUAAUCAACUGUUGUUUAUGAGCCUUGGCAUUGAUCUUUGCCAUUCUUGUAUUUAACUUGUCUUUUCCUACUCAGGAAUUUGAAAAAUCAUGUUUCAUUUGCAGCUGCCAAAUGCUUUUCUUUGUCUU